AUGCUGAAAAUUGUUAUACUACUGUCAGCAUGUAUCUAUCCGCUUUCGGCUGCCGCAGUGCUAACAAACACUUUGAAAGCCUCGGAUAAUUUAUUGCGUCCGAGUCCUUUGGGGAAUUUCAUAUCAGCAGAUGGUCUACCUAAAUUAGAUGCGAGAAUUACUACAAAGCUGGCUGAUAUGACAUCAAUCUUUCGUAAGACGUCUCCCGACUUAUUUCAAAACAAAUUGAAGGAAAUCAACUUGCCUAAUCCUUUAACAAUUCAAAAACGUAACACCAUGAAUUCUAUUCUAUCUCUUAAUCGACGUAAGCCUGACCGCUUUGCUCUUUACGGUGAUACUCCUCAUGAAAUUAAUUCUCAAUACGCAACAGCUGGCUUGAUGUACCAGGGAGAUAUGAUAAUUGAAGACGAAGUGAUCGAUUCUAUUUUCGAGGAUACUAGGUCCAGACAGAAACGUCAGGCCUACACUCUUUAUCAACCUAGAACACUCUGGGAUACAACAAUCGAUUACGAAAUCGGUAAUGUUAGCACUGCCGGUCGAUCUGCAAUUCUAAAAGCUAUUUCAUUCUGGCAGAAUCAUACCUGCAUUCGUUUCCGGGAAAGACCAACUGCAGUUUCGAGAUUACAUUUCUUCGGCGGUGCCGGUUGCUUCGCCGGUGUAGGGAAGCCAUUAGAUGGGGGAAUGCAAGGAAUUUCAAUUGGAUUCGGUUGCGAGCAUGUGCCAAUUGCUGCUCAUGAAAUAGCUCAUGCUCUUGGUUUCUUCCAUUCUCAGAACAGAUUUGAUCGUGAUAAUCAAAUUAUUGUCAACUAUGACAAUAUAUUACCGACUUAUUUCCCCAACUACUUGAAGCUGUCUUCUGUUGAAAAUAAUAACUAUGGACUUCCUUAUGAUUAUGGAAGUGGAAUGCAUUAUGAUCAAUACGGGUUUGCUAAAAACGGAACAGUACCCACGCUGGUACCUACCGAUCCCAGGUAUCAAAAUUCUAUGGGACAAACAAUGCCAUCGUUUAUUGAUGUUUUUAUGAUGAACACAAUGUAUUCAUGCCAAAGCAAAUGCUCAUCCAGUACUAAUAAUUGUCGUAACAAUGGAUUUCCGGAUCCGAACAACUGCAAUAGAUGUAUUUGUCCAUCCGGCUAUGGCGGCACAAUAUGUACUUCACCUCAACCAUUUUAUAACCCUUACUCUACUCCAGUUAGCGACCAUGUUGCCAUCAGCACAACAACAACUAUAACAUCCAGCUCAGUUUCGCUAUCUGGAAUCACGCCUUCCAUCGAUUCUGAUUAUAAAGUGAAGAAUGUUUGGAUAAGAGCUCCAGCAGGAAAGAAAGUAGAAUUAACAAUUACCGCUUUCACUGGUAUGAAUCUUUGUGCUAUCAGCUGUUCAUACGGCGGUCUCGAAGUUAAAGUCAAUGCUGAUAACCGUCUAUCCGGCAUACGUAACUGCUGUUCCGAUGAUGUUGGCAAGGUAUUAGUAUCUGAUGGUAGUACAAUGGUAGUCACAGUAUAUUCUCGCUAUGGAUUCUAUGGUGUCAACUUCGAUCAUAGAAGCAUUUGA